AUGUUUCAUUCACCUAUCAUUUUUAGCUCGAAUAUCAUGGUCUGUAUUGCUUUGUACCGUCUCUAUGCCCUUCGUUACCCGCUCUGGACUUCUACAAUUGGUCGAGGCCGGGUGUCUAGGAUGUUAUUGCUGGCUUGGAGUGUGGCUGUGAUCACUAUGCUUCCUCAAUUCUACGUCUGGAGAGAGGUCGGUAUACAACCAUAUUCUUCAAGAUUUCCCUUAUUUCAGGAUGUCUACAAAACGCUAAAUGCGUCUGAGCCAGAAAUUUCAUCUGCGUGGACAAUGUCAGAACUGAGCAGACAUUUAACUUUGUCUAAGAGACCUUCGAAAAGAGAAUGCGAAAGUGCAGCACCACCGACAAUGAGAGCAGUGCGAGGUCAAGAAAAACUCAGUCGUGCGAAAGUGCGAUCCUUGCGAAUUACAUUGCUUCUGAUCCUGGUUUAUGUCGUCACUUGGUUGCCCAACAAUCUGUGGAUGGUGAUCUCAUUUGACUCCUAUCGGGAUCAUCAAGAUGCUACUUUUCCACUGGCCUUCUUAGUAGUGUUGAACAGUGUGAUUAACCCCUUCAUCUACGGCAGGUUGGUGUGUCAAUGGCUGAACAUGAUGAUGUACUGCCGUCGGAAAACGUCUGGGCCGAAGAAGCUGUGCAACCCUCGUGCUGCUGAUCUCUGUACAUGA